GCCACCUUCUCGCCUCCCUGCCUUCUCUCUCUGUCUCUCUCUCUUCGCCGGCAAACCUUUCGUAGGCUCGAUCCACGAGACGAGGAGGAGAAGCCGCCGCCCCCGCCGCCGCCGCCAUGGUGAUCUCGGUCGCCACCCCCCGCCGCUCCAUCCGCGACGCCGUGCUGGGUGGCGUGCUCGGCGCCGGAGGCCGCCAGCUCUACCAGCCCCUCCGCUGCGCCUUCUACGACGGCGCCGCCGGGGGCGGCCUCACCGCCGCGCUCUCGGAGGAUGGAGCCGAGGGCGGCGUCCCCCUCCCGUGCGGGAGGAAGACGGCGGCGGCGAAGAACGUGCUCAUCCUCAUGAGCGACACCGGCGGCGGCCACCGCGCAUCCGCCGAGGCCCUCCGCGACGCCUUCCGCCUCGAGUUCGGCGACGCCUACCAGGUGUUCGUGAGAGAUUUGGGGAAGGAGUACGGCGGGUGGCCACUGAACGACAUGGAGCGGUCGUACAAGUUCAUGAUCCGCCAUGUCCGGCUCUGGAAGGUGGCGUUCCACGGCACUUCGCCGCGCUGGGUGCACGGCAUGUACCUCGCCGCGCUGGCCUAUUUCUACGCCAACGAGGUGGUGGCCGGGAUCAUGAGGUACAACCCCGACAUUAUCAUCAGCGUGCACCCGCUGAUGCAGCACAUCCCGCUGUGGGUGCUCAAGUGGCAGAGCCUCCACCCCAAGGUGCCAUUCGUCACCGUCAUCACCGACCUCAACACCUGCCACCCGACAUGGUUCCACCAUGGCGUGACGAGGUGCUACUGCCCGUCGGCGGAGGUGGCCAAGAGGGCACUGCUCCGGGGGCUCGAGCCGUCCCAAAUCCGUGUGUACGGGUUGCCGAUCAGGCCGUCCUUCUGCCGCGCCGUGCUCGACAAGGAUGAGCUGAGGAAAGAGCUGGACAUGGAUCCCGACCUGCCUGCAGUGCUACUGAUGGGCGGCGGCGAGGGGAUGGGUCCGGUGGAGGAGACGGCGAGAGCACUCAGCGACGAGCUCUACGAUCGCCGGAGACGCCGGCCUGUCGGGCAGAUCGUUGUCAUCUGUGGCAGGAACCAGGUGCUGCGGUCCACGCUGCAGUCGUCACGGUGGAAUGUCCCUGUCAAGAUUAGAGGGUUCGAAAAGCAGAUGGAGAAGUGGAUGGGCGCUUGCGAUUGCAUCAUCACAAAGGCUGGUCCUGGUACAAUUGCAGAGGCCCUGAUAAGAGGACUCCCAAUUAUUCUCAACGACUUCAUACCUGGACAGGAAGUCGGGAAUGUGCCUUACGUCGUGGACAAUGGUGCCGGUGUGUUCUCCAAGGACCCGAGGGAAGCCGCGAGACAGGUUGCCAGAUGGUUCACCACACACACAAACGAGCUCCGGAGAUACUCCCUCAACGCGCUGAAGCUAGCGCAGCCAGAAGCCGUGUUCGACAUCGUGAAGGACAUCCACAAGCUCCAGCAGCAGCCUGCCACGGUGACGCGGAUCCCUUACUCCCUGACCUCAUCGUUCUCAUACAGCAUAUGAAAAACCAUCAAGGUUACAGGAUGUACUAUGCUAUGCUCUGCAAACAUGCUUUGCCUCGGAAGGUUGGUCCGCUUGCUGAAGAACUUGUACAUACUGAAUUGGAUUUGUUCGUUUGUCCAAAUGUGUAAAUGCAAUAAGAACAGAUGAACUGAAGAUGUUGUCUAACUGGCCUGCUGCUGAUAUGAAGAUGAAGUUGUGGUGAGAGUGACUGACUACGAGUGACAAAUCAUCCCCUCCCAUAGCUAAAUAUGUCCUGAUAGAACAUCUUCAUCUUUUGUACAACUACAGUAUAGUUACGUGGCUAACUGGACCAUCUGCAUAGUUUUUCUUUUUCACUCCUUGUCAAUCGUAUUGAUACUAGAUUGUUUGGCACCAUAUUCUAUCUUAUAACUUAGCGAUUGUAUAAUGUUGUUUCA